UGCAAGCUAUAAAAAAAAAAAAAAUCGACUACAAAGUAUUUCACUGUUUUAGUACUCGACAUUAUUCUUGAAUACUAUGAGAGCUUUGUACGAUAACGAUUGGUAUCAUCAUGUAACCAACGCACUCCGUUGCACUCAAUAUCCUGUUAUCACCUUAAUCUAUAUUUGAUAAGAACUUUUGAAUUUUUCAAACUGAAAAAUUAAAAAUCAUGUCACAUUAAACAUUUUUUCCCACAAAAUUGCAAAUAUUUCAUUGCUUUUUCUGCAAAUAUUUACUUCUUUAUAAUCAUUUAUGCUUAUUUAUUUUUUGAUCAUAGUAUAACGGUUAUAUGUUAUAAUAAUUCAUAAUAUAGUAUCCAGGUUUUUUUUUUAAUUUUUAAAAUGUCAGAGAAAACAGCUUCAAGUAAGGUUCGCAAAAAAGCCAAUCCGUUGUUUGAAAAAUGGAUUUCCGAAUGGUUAAAAGAAGCUACUGAAAAUAACUUGGAAGUUCGUCACGGUUAUCGACGGGCAUUAAGUUCAUUGCAAAAAUAUCCAUUGCCAUUAAAGAGUGGAAAAGAAUGUUUAAUACUAAAAUUUUUUGGUCCAAAAUUAUGUUCUAAAUUAGAUAAAAAACUUGAAGAUCAUAAUAAAUUAUCUUUAGAUAUUGAUGAAAAUAUGAUUGUUGAUACAUCUGAAAAUAUGAAAACUUUUAAUGAUUUACAACCUUCAACAAGUACUAAAAAACCAAAUUCAGUAAUUUCUUUGGAUGACAAAGACUUACCUAUGAUUAAUUCUAUUACUGAUGAACAUGAAAAGAUUGUUUUGUGGCCAAAUGAGUUUACUAUUGUGUUGCUCAUUGAUACUGGUGAAUCAAGUAGUUUACGGAAAACCAACAUGAACAAAGUUACUUCAGAAUUAUCAUCUUUAAAUGUAGUUUUUGAGAUGAGACGCUUGAGCGUUGGAGAUUUUGCUUGGAUUUGUCGUGAUAAAAAUGGAAGAGAACUUAUGUUACCAUAUAUAUUAGAACGAAAACGAUUAGAUGAUCUAUCAGGUAGUAUUCAAGAUGGUCGUUUUCAUGAACAGAAAUUUAGAUUAAAACAAUGCGGACUUGAAAACAAAAUAUACUUAGUUGAACAUGAAAAAAAAUAUCAUGGAUUACCGAUAUCUCAUUUGCAACAAGCAUUGGCAAAUACAGAGGUCAUCGAUGGUUUUACAGUAGUCCGUACAGAAAAUCAUUUGGAGUCCAUGAGAUAUAUUGCAAAUUUUUCCAAUAUACUUAAUAAUAUGUAUAAAAACAAAAUACUUACAACUCAUAUAGAUAAAGUUGACUCAGGUUAUGGCGAUUCUUCAGACACUGUAAAAUUAAUGUCUUUCAAAAAAUUUUCAUCAAGUUCUGCAAAAAACAAGAAUUUGACUGUACGAGAUAUGUUGAUACGACAAUUACUUCAGAUCCGAGGAUUGUCCAUUCAUAAAGCAUUUGCAAUCGUCAAGCAAUACCCUAGUCCAAAAUUACUGAUAAAUGCAUUUAUAAGAUCUGGCGAUCCACUUUUACUGGCAAAUAUAUCCUAUGGUAUACCGAUCAAGUCCGUUGGACCAACUAUUAGCAAAGCUGUGUUUCAAAUAUUUUCAAAUAAUAAUCCAAUUUAAAUUAUUAUUAUUGUGAAACUAAAUAAUACAAUUAUUAAUUUAU